AAAUAGCACCACCUAAACACAGCUGUAAUGGUGAAACCUUCUAAAUGUUUUUGUCUCCGUGUUCCUCUGCUUGUCUCCGUUCACUUUCUCGGGUAAAGUUCUGUAAGCUUCCAGUGUCCAAACGGUUACGGCUGUCCUUGUCUGCCCAGCGUUGUUGCACGUCGGAAACCUCUGAUUCGCCAACAGGUCGUCUCCGCUCGGUCACAGACAAGUACAAGAACUUGCAGGAGUAUUUCAUCAGGAGACUGAAGGCAGUGUAUUCUAGGUUUUCCAAUACACCUGAUCAUUCUGUGGUGCAUGGGCAUAAUCACAUUUACUUCAUCCGAGAUGAUGGCAUCUACAGAACAAACAAACGAGAUGCAGGUGAACUGGAGCCUGAGCAUGUGGUGAACCUGGAACAAGCUUGUAGAGACGAAGAGAAGACAAAACCUGAGAAUGAAGAACGAUCUCAGUGGACAAUCCAGAGAAUACGUCUGUCUCCGCAUGAGAAGCAUCUCGCCGCCACGCUAAAAUGUAGUCACAAAGAAGAGCUAAGGUGUGUGGUUGUGCGACUUGGAGAGAAAAAACUGUCCCGUUUGAAUCUACACAUCCUACUCAAGCUAGAGAGAGUCCUCAGCUUUGAGUGGGCCUCGGAUGAUGUCCUGUUUUACACAACACUGGAAGGCCUACGCUCCAGCGCGGUGUUUCGUCUGGACCUGACCUCCAGUGGAAGUAAAAUAACGUGUGUGUAUGAGGAAGCUCAGCCUGAUGUGUUUGUUGAGGUUGCCCAGUCAAGAGACCGACAAAUCCUGACCAUCAACAGCAACAGCAGAACCAGUUCAGAGGUGCUACUAAUCGAUGGAGCAACUUCCCAGUUAAAGCCUUUUCUGGUUCAGUCUCGCCAGCUGGACCUCCUGUACCAUGUGGAGCACUGGAAAGGUCACCUUAUUAUACUGGCAAACACGGGGCCAGAACAAGAAUAUCAGGUGGUGCAGACUCCCCUCUCUGAGCCGUCCAUGGCGUCGUGGCUGUCUUUGUAUACUCCUGAUCCUGGUUAUACAGUCAAAGACAUGGAUGUGGUCGGAGACCAUUGUGUGCUGCUUGUAAGAACGCCAGCGAGUGAACUCGCUCUGAUUGUGGUUUCACUGACUCGUCCCAAACACCCAAAGAUUAUAAAGCUCCCCACCUGGGCUUUUGCCAUCGAAACCAAGAAACCAGGCUUGGCAGACCAUCAAGAUGAGUUCGAAUUCCUCCUAUCAUCUCCAGUCCAACCACCUGCGCCAUACACUUUAUAUCCCAAGAAAGGGCUUCUUUUAUCAGGCACUGGUAAUGUUUCCUCUCCAGAGAACCGAGCCAAGUAUGUCACAACACGUUUGGAAGCCUGCAGCCAAGAUGGUACCUUGGUGCCAGUGACACUGUUCCAUGCAGUGCCUAUGGAGAGUCUGAGCCAAGUGCCUUUGCUCGUCCAUGUGUACGGAGCCUAUGGUAGAGAUCUCUGCAUGGACUUCUGCCCUGUAAGAAGAAUGCUGUUGGAGGAGGGCUGGGCACUGGCUUACUGUCACAUCAGAGGUGGAGGAGAGCGUGGCCUUUCCUGGCAAAGACAGGCUCGAGUGGAAGGGAAGGAGAGGGAAGUAGAGGACCUCCAAGCCUGUCUCCAUCACCUUUUCUCUUUAGGAAUCUCUUUUCCUUCACUCACUGCCCUUACAGCCUGCAGUGCUGGAGCUGUGCCAGUGGGAGCACUAUGCAACAAAAACCCGAACUUGAUGCGGGCUGUAACGCUGCAAGCUCCUUUUCUGGAUGUGUUGGGAACUAUGGAGAAUCCCAGUCUUCCUCUGACUUUGGAGGAUAGAGAUGAAUGGGGGGACCCUGUGGGGAACUUGAAACACAAACAUAUCAUUUCUUCCUACUGUCCCCUUCACAACAUUAAAUCUCAGCAGUAUCCAUCGAUGUUGCUGACAGCCUACAGCGGUGACCCCAGAGUUCCCCUGGAGGGUGUCCUCAAAUACACUGAGCGUCUUAAAGAAGCCAUUCAUGCACACUUCAGCAUGAAACCUGAAACAGAUUGUAAACAGACACCAAACAUAGUUCUUAACCUCCAACCUGGAGUAAAUCACCUCGGACCUGAAAAUUUUGAGCAGAUUCUGGAGGAGGAGGCCCUCAAGCUUGCAUUUCUUUACACAGAACUAAGUCUGGGCGGUCCACGGCCUCGACGCAAGAGGAAGAGAUAGCAUCGCUGCCAAGAGGCAAACAUUUACAUUUACAAUUACAACUCAGAUGACAUCGAUGGGCAAAUCUUUAACAAUACUCUUA